UUGUUCGGUCGGAUUUGCACAAUAUUGCCUUUGGAAGUGAUCCACCUAUAACUUAUAACCGGGGCAAACUAACAACAAAUGAUACUCGUCCUCCACAUACCCAGCAUGACAAAAACAACAUAAUCUUCUGUCACGUGGGAUAUUAUCUCCCAGUUUCAACACAUAGCUGAUGCGAAAGAAAAUGCCAUUUAGUCUUUGUAAAUUAGUUGAAGGUGGAAUAUCACAUGGAUUUAUUGCUUUAAUGAUAAUUGGGAAAUUGUUACUUCUACAAAGGUCAUUGUGGACUGACAAUUCAAUUUCAUUGGGUAGGUAAGAAUCGGUACGAGACGAGAGUAGGUGCAAUUGCAGGAUAUAGCUCUAUGUAAGUGUUGGGAUCAUUAAAUAUGCACAGGUCAUUAUUAGAGAUGUAUUUUACCUUUUGAGUUAAACAAGUGUUUUGGCAUCAGCAAAACUAAAUAUUCCCUCUGAAUUUAAUUUGAUUGAUCUCCAUUUGAUGUUUCCAGAAAGGGCAUUCUUUAGAGAAGCAUGAGUGAUUUCCUGUGCAGUUGAUGCAAUUUUUAAAGUUCUCACUGCAUUGAGCCCAUGUAACAGACAAUGUGCAAGUAUUGACACCAUGGCCGUAUUUUUCGGCAUUUGAAGCAUCUCAAAUGGUUCAGAAUGUAGACGUCUCCAUUAAUAUUGUAAUAGCCACCUUUAAUUAGUGAGUAAGUGAGUGAGUGAGUGAGUGAGUGAGUGUUGCCUUAAACCAUAUCAGCAAUAUUCCAGUGGUUUGAAAAACAAACAAAAAAUGAUAAGAAGAUUAUUAAACUUUCAGUCAAUUAUCACAGUAAACGGUAAAAACAGACAUUCAAAAUUUGAAUCGGGUGUUUAUGUUAAACUGCGUCGACUUGUAUGAUUACCUCAUUCAAAUGCAGAGUCAGGGCUAUCAUUUUAAGCAAGUCACGGUGCCCUUGUUGUAUGCGGGGUCAGUACAGAUGCAUACUAAUCGACAAAGUCGUGUCACUUUAAGCAGGAGUCUUAUGAUCGCCACGUUACUCAGAACAAACAGCGCACUGGUCAUACAAGAUGACGGCAAAACCACUGAAAGAUGCAGCUUGCGUAGAAAUUGACAGGUAUGCAGAUGAAUUGAACAAAGUCAGUCAUGCCAUAUGGGAAAAGCCUGAGCUUAAUUUUGAGGAGAUAAAUGCUCACAAGGUACUGACCGAUUUUCUUGAGAAACAUGGAUUUGAGGUUGAAAGGAAUUACAAACUGGAUACAGGGUUCAGGGCAGUGUUUGGUCAAGAUGGGACAGGUCCUCAUGUGGCCGUACUGUGUGAAUAUGAUGCCCUGCCGGAGAUCGGACACGCUUGUGGCCACAACCUGAUUGCUGAAGUGGGCGUGGCAGCGGGCCUUGGGGUGAAGGCGGCGUUACAGGCUACAGGAACGGGAGGAAAGCUAACUGUUCUCGGCACUCCCGCAGAAGAGGGAGGAGGUGGCAAAAUUGAUUUCAUCAACGCCAAAGUCUUUGAUGAUGUUGAUAUUGCGAUGAUGGCGCACCCGUCGCCUAUGGCAACAGCGUUCCCUUACUGCCUGUCCGCAAUAGGAUGCAAUAUCAAGUUCCACGGCAAGGCAUCUCACGCUGCGGGAUUUCCCUGGAACGGCAUCAACGCUCUUGACGCCGCCGUCCUGUGCUACCAGAACAUCUCCUGCCUCAGACAACAGAUGAAGCCUGACUGGAGAGUGCAUGGAAUCAUCAAUAAUGGCGGGGCCAAGCCCAACAUCAUACCUGAGUUGACGCAACUGGAGUACAUCUUGAGGGCACCCACUGACGCUGAGCUGAACGUUCUGAAGGAGAAAGUGUCCAAGUGUAUAGAGGCUGCUGCUUCAGCCACAGGGUGCACGGCGGAGUACCAGUAUAAUCCACGAGGGAAUUACGCCAACGUUGUUACCAACAAGACGCUGGCCAAUGCCUUUGUCGAUAAUGCUGAGGGUCUUGGUGUUGAGUUCACGCCGCAGGAAAAACUGGCAGGAACAGCUAUGGGUUCCACAGACAUGGGAAACGUGUCCUACGUCGUACCUAGUAUCCACCCCAUGUACGACGUCGGGGUUGAGGGCUGUCUCAACCACACAAGGGAGUUCACAGCUGCUGCUGGUUCGCCUGAAGCACAGCGCAACACACUGGACAUGGGAAAGGCUCUCGCCAUGACAGCCAUUGACGUGUUCACAUCACCGGAUAUGUUAUCCAAGAUCAAGGAAGAUUUUAACAAAUAUUUUCAAAGUGAAUAAGCAUUUCCAAACUGAAAUACCCAUCGCAGCAAAUAGAAAAUGUGGUCACAGCAUGUUCACUGUAAAAAACGAUGACAAAGUAGACACAAUGGAUAGCACUUAGCAUCUCCUACGUAGGACUAGGUAUCUUUUACGUAGGAGAUAGGAAGUCCUACGUAGGCGAUACUAAGUCCUACGUAGGAGAUAGUAAGUCCUACGUUGGAGGUACUUAGUCAAAAAAUAUUCACCGUGGCCCUGCUACGUUUCCGUAAAUACCAACACACAUGUAUCCGUAUGAAUACGUUUAAAAUGAACGUUGAUUGCUCAUGUUCAAUGCCUCCCUCGGCCAAAUAAUAAAACAUACAAAAUCCCUUUAUUGGUGACGAGGAGUUGUAUCUAGAGCAACCUAGCCUACAUGUUGUAUUCAUAUAACCAAUGAAGAACGAGUCGUGGCUACAACGUGAUGGUCUUGCAUAAUUAUGAUGAAUUGUGCUAUGAUGUGUGCUGUAAUUUACAUGAAUAUGAACUGGAGUGAAAUGAUUGUUUGUAACAAAGCCUACAUAUAUAGUUAUCCUUGUUUGUUCUAUAUACAUCCCCAUGGAGGCUCCCCAUACCAUGAUAACAGCACAUUUACUUACACUGAAUUGGACGUUAUUCAACACUGCAGUUAUUGUGAAGUUUUAUGUUCUGGUGUCGAGCGAUAUCUAUAAUUUCUCCUAUACAGUCAAACCCCGUUGUGUCGAACUCGGCGAACCGGGAAGAAAGUUCGAGGAAUCAGGUGACGUUUAUGCUGAAUGUGGAUACUGGCGAGUUUUGAGACAACCGGGAGUUCGACACAUCCAAGUUCGAUAUAACAAGGUUCGACUGUACUUCAUAUAUCAAAUCCAAUAUCUAAACAGAAAUAAUAAUAGUAGAAAUAAAUCACAUUGCCAUGAUGAAUUCCGUCAAUUUAGAAAUUAACAGAUCCUCAGAAGACAGUGGAAAGUAUAAUAACCAUGAACACAGAUUAAAGGAUUAAAAAACAUCAACAUAACUUCAUUAUAUAAA